AUGGACAAACAGUCCCAGAUCCCGGCAAGCAUCCCUCAGUCGGUCGAGGAAUGGCUUGCGCUGGUUCAGCGGGAGGAAUUUAUUGACUCUGCCGUCAAGAGUGGCCAAAAGCUCAUGCACGUGGCGCAGACUGCAUACGAGUCUGGCUCCAACAUUCGUCCUUCUGAAUUUCUUCACCUUCGCGCCUUCUGGGAUAUCAAAUCGGGAUUGGAUCUCAUGGAUUACCUUUAUCGCGACAACGACAAAACAGAAUACCGAGGCUACGUGUCGCCAGCCAAUGAUGUUAAAGCAGCUGAACUAUUCAGCAAGAUGUCUCGCUUUUGGACAAGGUAUCUGGAAGCCAUCAGAAAUGACUUGGGUCUUGCCACGGAUAUCGAAUGUGGCGGAUGGGAAACGGUGCGAUUCUUGCAGGAAAUGACCUGUUAUCACAUCAAACCAUCUCAAAAUACCCCUUUCAAGGGAAAUGUGUUCAAAGGAGGGUACUCUCCAGCCGACGACGAUGAUGGCGACGGCAGUGCUAUCCACGGUCUGCGGGCGAAAUUUGAGAACAUGAAAUUGAAAACAGCUCAGUCCGAUGAGACCAAAAUGGGGCCCCACGGUACACCCUAUGUCGAGCCCUUCCAUAUGGCCGCCAAGUCAGACUACAACCAUCCUUCAAAAGAUGAAAUGUACCCCAACACGGCGCUCCUCUUCCUACUUGAGGAAGUCAGAAAGGAAAUCUCAGCCGAGGUGCCUUUGUUCAACUGGAUCCUGCCGCGACUGGGCUUGCAUCUGCUUGCCAGCAAGCCUAACAGCAGGAAGAAUCAGAAUUUCAUCAAGGGGACCAAGACCGAGCUUAUGCAGGCCCAGGUUGAUGGAUAUCUCUGCCGUCGAGAUGAGGAUCAAGAUGAGGAUGGGCAGUCUUCAAACUUUUCCGAGAUACCUCUGGCCAUCUGCGAAGCCAAGCCGUUUGUGCGAGUCCAGCACGCGGAACGCACUCUUCGCCAGGAGACCGCAGAGAUGGCCUGCUGGAUCGCACAGCACGGGCACAGCCAGGAGGGGCUGCUGCAGCGGUCCAAGUCCGGAAGGUACAGGCGGCUGAUGGUCUCCCACAAUCGCCACGAGAUCUACAUCAUCAUCGGCGAGUACGGCGACGAGUAUCAGCGGUACAUCCAGGGCGAGAUCAGCUUGCGGGGUACAGCGCCCGUCGAGAGGUCCCCCGACUUCGACGCCGAGGCGAACAAGCGCCGGGCGCAGGGUUCCGGCUCGUACAACGAGCAGGUAAAGACGCUGCCUGAGGGGAGGGGCCGGCCCACGGAGAGCCGGCCGGGUCCCCGGCCGGCGCCGGCAAAGCCGCAAACCGGGAAUCAGGUCCGAUCACACAAGCGGGUUGACGGGGCGGCGGCUAACAAGCCGCCGCCGCCGACGCGCAUGACGACUCGAUCGCAGACGCCAACGGGGCGAAACCUCCCGCCGGCGGACGAGUUCCUGAUCAUGCAUCAAUUUGGCCCGUUCAUCACAAAGGAUGCAGCACACAUGGAGCAUCUGGUUCGUCGUCUCAUCGGCUUCAUGCUUCAGCUGAGAGAUUCGACGCUGGCCACGGGCACGGGGCAGGCCAAACCUGCGGCCAGAGCACUCAGCUCAUCGGCUUCGGUUAAAAAGGCAUAG